CUCAUUAAAUGCAAGAUGCUUCUGUGGCUCAUGUGUUUGCACGGAGGUAGAGGUUUGCAAGACUGACGUAUCGGGUAAAGUCAGAGUGGUUACCACACCGACGGUGUAGCAGCUGCAUAAUAAAUGAUGGAGAGAAUCAUGUUAGGCAUGCCCACCUAACCUAACUUGAAUCAUGCGAAAGGGGAGCUGCUGGAAUUCAAAUAGACUUUCUGGUUCCCAGCAGUCGGCAGUAAUAGAAUGCUUUCAGGAAGAUGACAGAUGCAGGGGAAAGAUGCUGUUUUGCACUAUCUUGAUUUGUUACGGCAGCCAACUUAUUGGCAUGAUGGAGUGACAAGAAAAGCAGCUGGCAUGGAAGAUGAACGGGAAGAUGUUCAAAAGAAAACAUUCACAAAAUGGAUAAAUGCACAAUUUGCUAAGUUUGGAAGACGUUACAUUGAAGAUCUUUUUAAUGAUUUUCGAGAUGGACGAAGACUUCUGGAGCUCCUGGAAUGCUUUACAGGCCAAAAACUUGCAAAAGAAAAGGGGUCCACAAGAGUUCAUGCUCUGAACAAUGUCAACAAAGCACUGCAGGUUUUGCAGAGAUACAAUGUUGAUCUGGUAAAUAUUGGGAGCUCAGACAUUGUUGAUGGAAAUCAUAAGCUGACCCUUGGUUUGAUCUGGAAUAUAAUACUCCACUGGCAGGUCAAAGAUGUAAUGAAAAACAUCAUGGCUGGACUGCAGCAGACAAACAGUGAAAAGAUUCUGCUGAGCUGGGUCCGCCAAUCGACUCGUAAUUACCCACAGGUCAAUGUUAUCAAUUUCACCAGUAGCUGGUCUGAUGGAUUGGCUUUCAAUGCACUGCUCCACAGUCACAGACCAGACCUGUUUGAUUGGAACACUGUUGCUUCUCAGCAGUCACCUGUGCAACGAUUAGACCAUGCAUUCAACAUAGCCAGGAAACACCUGGGCAUAGAGAAACUCCUUGAUCCUGAAGAUGUUGCAACUGCCUGUCCAGAUAAGAAGUCCAUCUUAAUGUACGUGACUUCUCUCUUCCAAGUUCUGCCCCAGCAAGUCACUAUGGAAGCCAUCAGGGAGGUGGAGAUGUUGCCACGACACUCAAGGGUCACUACAGAAGAGCACAUACAAGUACAUCAUCAACAGCUUUUUUCACAAGAAAUCACAGUCAGUGUACCCCAGAGACCUUCGCCUUCUCCUAAACCACGGUUCAAAAGUUACGCAUAUACACAAGCUGUGUAUGUCACAUCCCCUGACCAAAAAAGGAGGCAGGUUCCUCCACAGUUUUCAGAAACUGUUAAAGAGAAGACAUACAGCACCAUACAGAUGGGAUCUGAAAUGGAUCUUGAAAACUAUCAAACUGCUUUAGAGGAAGUACUCACAUGGCUUCUCUCUGCUGAAGAUGCAUUACAAGCACAAGGAGACAUAUCCAAUGAUGUAGAAGUUGUUAAAGAACAAUUUCACACCCAUGAGGGUUUUAUGAUGGAGUUAACAGCUCACCAGGGACGUGUUGGCAAUGUUUUGCAAGUUGGAAGUCAACUUUUAACAAUUGGAAAGCUUUCAGAUGAUGAAGAGAAUGAAAUCCAAGAACAAAUGAAUCUACUUAACUCUCGAUGGGAAAGUCUCAGGGUAGCAAGUAUGGAAAAACAAAGCAAUUUACAUAAAAUUCUAAUGGAUCUGCAGAAUCAGCAGCUAGCCCAGUUAGCUGACUGGUUGACAAAAACAGAAGAAAGGACAAAGAAAAUCGAUUUGGAGCCCUUAGGUCCAGAUCUAGAAGACCUAAAACGUCAAGUAGAAGAGCAUAAGGCAUUUCAAGAAGAUUUGGAACAGGAACAAGUCAAGGUGAAUUCUCUAACUCAUAUGGUAGUGGUGGUGGAUGAAAACAGUGGAGACAGAGCUACUGCUGCACUGGAGGAACAGCUUCAGCACUUUGGAAACCGGUGGGCAGCCAUCUGCAGGUGGACAGAAGAUCGAUGGGUCCUUUUGCAAGAUAUUCUUCGUAAAUGGCAGCACUUUGCAGAAGAGCAAUGUCUUUUUGAUGCAUGGCUUACAGAGAAAGAGGAUGCUGUGAGAGAAAUUCAUACAACUGGCUUUAAAGAUCAAAAUGAAAUGCUGACCAGUCUACGCAAAUUAGCUAUCUUAAAAGGAGAUCUAGAAAUGAAAAGGCAAAUGAUGGCUAAGCUGAAGUCACUCAGUCAAGACCUCCUUGUAACUGUGAAAAAUAAAGCAGUGGCUCAAAAGUUGGAAAGUCGUCUUGAAAAUUUUGCCCAGCGCUGGGAGAGCCUUGUGCAGAAGGUGGAGAGCAACUCUAAACAGAUUUCACAGACUGUCACUACCACUCAGACAUCACUAACACAGACAACUGUAAUGGAAACUGUAACUAUGGUGACCACAAGAGAACAUAUCCUGGUUAAGCAUGCUAAAGAAGAACUUCCACCACCUCCACCCCACAAAAAAAGGCAGCUCCUUGUGGAUUCAGAAAUUAGGAAGAGGUUUGACUCAGAUACAACAGAGCUCCAUAGCUGGAUGACCCGGUCAGAAGCAGUGCUUCAGAGUCCUGAGUUUGCAAUGUAUCGAAAAGAAGGCAAUCUCUCAGAUCUCAGAGAAAGAGUCAAUGCCAUCCAGCGAGAAAAGCCUGAGAAGUACAGAAAACUGCAAGAUGCCAGCAGAUCAGCUGAGGCCCUGGUGGAACAGAUGGUGAAUGAGGGUCUGAAUGCUGACAACAUUAGACAAGCUUCAGAGCAGCUGAAGAGCCGCUGGAUUGAGUUCUGUCAGUUGCUGAGUGAAAGACUGGCAUGGCUGGAGUACCAAAAUAACAUCAUUGACUUCUACUCCCAGCUGCAGCAACUGGAGCAGACAGCAGUUAUGGCAGAAAACUGGCUGAAAGCACAACCCACACCAGCAACAGAUCCUGCUACAGUAAAAAGUCAGCUGGAAAAAUGCAAGGAUGAAAUCAUCCGAAUGUCAACCCUUCAGCCUCAAAUUGAACGGCUAAAGGCUCAAAAUCAAGCGCUCAAAGAGAAGGAACAAGGGCCAGUGUUUCUGGAUGCUGACCUGGCUGCUUUUACCAGUCAUUACAAAAAAAUACUUGCUGACAUGCAUGCCAGAGAAAAGCAGCUACAAACCAUUUUUGACAGUUUGCCUCCUGCACACUACAAAGAGACAAUGAACACUUUACUCGUGUGGAUCCAGCAGUCAGAAACUAAACUCUCCAUGCCUCAGGUUGCAGUUGCUGAAUAUGAAAUCAUGGAGCAGAGACUCAGGGACCUCAAGGCUCUACAAAGUUCUCUGCAAGAACAGCAAAAAGGCCUGAACUAUCUCAGCACAACUGUGGAAGACAUGUCCAGGAAAGCCCCUGCAGAAGUCAGCCAAAGAUAUCGAUCAGAGAUCGAGGUGAUCCUUGGCCGCUGGAAGAAAUUAUCAGCACAGCUAGUGGAACAUUGCCAGAAACUUGAGGAGCUUAUGACCAAACUCCAGCGAUUCCAGAAUGACACUAAAACACUGAAGAAAUGGAUGGCUGAAGUAGAUGUUUUUCUAAAAGAAGAGUGGCCUGCCCUUGGUGAUUCAGAAGCACUGGAAAAACAACUUGAGCAAUGUACAGCUUUAGUAAAUGAUAUCCAGACAAUCCAACCCAGUUUGAACAGUGUUAAUGAGGUUGGGAAGAAAAUGAAGAGUGAAGCGGAGCCAGAAUUUGCUUCCAGAAUAGAGAAAGAACUGAAGGAUCUCAAUGUUCAAUGGGAACACAUUUGCCAACAGGCCUAUGAUAAGAAGGCAGCAUUAAAAGGUGGUUUGGAUAAAACUGUGAGUCUCAGAAAGCAUUUGUCAGAGAUGCAUGAAUGGAUAACCCAAGCUGAGGAAGAAUACCUGGAAAGAGAUUUUGACUAUAAAACACCAGAUGAAUUACAGAAAGCUCUUGAGGAACUGAAGAGAGCAAGAGAGGAAGCCAUGCAGAAAGAAGUGAAAGUGAAGCUUAUUACUGAUUCUGUGAAUAAUUUUAUAGCAAAGGCUCCACCUGCAGCUCAUGAGGCUUUGAAAAAGGAGCUUGAUGUUCUAAUUACCAGCUACCAGCGACUCUGCAGCAGACUGAAUGGAAAGUGCAAAACUUUGGAGGAGGUAUGGGCAUGUUGGCGUGAAUUAUUGUCAUAUUUGGAUGCAGAAAGUAAAUGGUUGAAUGAGGUUGAGCUGAAGCUCAAGGCAACUGAAAAUAUCCAGGGAGGUGCAGAAGAGAUUUCUGAGUCUCUAGAUUCUUUGGAAUGUUUAAUGAGACAUCCAGAAGACAACCGCAACCAGAUUCGGGAGUUGGCUCAGACUUUAACUGAUGGUGGAAUCUUGGAUGAAUUGAUCAAUGAGAAACUUGAGAAGUUUAAUACUCGAUGGGAAGAAAUUCAGCAGGAGGCUGUGAGAAGACAAAAGAGUCUUGAACAGAGUAUUCAAUCUGCCCAGGAGACUGACAAAACCCUGCGCUUAAUCCAAGAGUCUCUUGCUGUUAUUGACAAGCAGCUAACAGCCUACCUUGCAGACAGAGUUGAUGCAGCACAGGUACCUCAGGAAGCACAGAAAAUACAAUCUGAAUUAACAAGCCAUGAGAUAAGUUUGGAAGAAAUGAAGAAACGAAACCAGGGUAAAGAUGCUGCCAAAAGAGUGCUUUCCCAAAUUGAUGUGGCACAGAAAAAGCUGCAGGAUGUCUCCAUGAAGUUUCGCUUGUUUCAGAAGCCAGCCAACUUUGAACAGCGCCUACAAGAAUGUAAAAGAAUUUUAGAUGAAGUGAAAUUGCAGGUGCCCAAGUUGGAGACAAAGAGUGUUGAGCAGGAAGUAGUACAAGCACAGCUGGAUCAUUGCAUGAAAUUAUAUAAAAGCCUGAGUGAAGUGAAGUCUGAAGUGGAAACAGUGAUAAAAACUGGGAGGCAGAUUGUUCAAAAACAGCAGACAGAGAACCCAAAAGAACUGGAUGAAAGGCUUACAGCUUUGAAGUUGCAAUAUAAUGAAUUGGGCGCAAAGGUGACAGAAAAAAAGCAAGAGUUAGAGAAAUGCUUGAAAUUGUCCCGGAAGCUGCGGAAAGAAAUUAAUGCUAUGACAGAAUGGCUUGCAGCGACAGAUGCAGAAUUGACAAAGAGAUCAGCUGUGCAGGGGAUGCCUAGCAAUUUGGAUGCUGAAAUUGCCUGGGGCAAGGCAACACGGAAGGAGAUUGAGAAACGCCAGAUCCAACUUAAGAGCAUCAGUGAUUUAGGAGAGAAUUUGAAGACAGUGCUGAAAGGAAGGGAAAGUCUAGUGGAGGACAAACUCAUCCUCCUGAACAGUAAUUGGAUAGCAGUAACGUCACGUGCUGAGGAAUGGUUCAAUCUGUUGCUGGAAUAUCAAAAGCACAUGGAGGCUUUUGAUCAGAAUCUAGCUAAUGUCACAACUUGGAUGUAUCGCGCUGAAAUACUGUUGGAUGAAUCUGAUAAACAAAAACCCCACCAAAAAGAGGAAAGUCUUAAGCGCUUAAAGGCUGAGCUGAAUGAUAUGCAUCCAAAGGUGGACUCUGUGCGUGACCAAGCGAUAGACUUGAUGACAAACCGUGGAGAUCACUGCAGGAAAGUAAUAGAGCCUAAACUGUCAGAGCUCAACCAGCGAUUUGCAGCUAUAUCACAAAGAAUUAAGAGUGGAAAGCCCUUCAUUCCUUUGAAAGAACUGGAGCAAUUUGACUUUGAUAUACAGAAAAUGCUUGAACCACUGGAGGUUGAAAUUCAGCAGGGCGUGAAUCUGAAAGAGGAGGACUUCAAUAAAGAUAUGAGUGAAGAAGAUGAAAGCACAGUGAAAGAAUUGCUGCAAAGGGGUGACACACUUCAAAAGAGAAUCACAGAUGAGAGAAAACGGGAGGAAAUAAAGAUAAAACAACAGCUGUUGCAGACUAAACAUAAUGCUCUCAAGGACUUGAGAUCUCAAAGAAGAAAAAAGGCUUUAGAGAUUUCUCAUCAAUGGUAUCAGUACAAGAGGCAGGCUGAUGACCUAAUGACAUGGCUGGAUGACAUUGAGAAAAAGUUAGCCAGUCUACCAGACCACAAAGAUGAGCAGAAGCUAAAGGAGAUUGAUGGAGAAUUGGAGAAGAAGAAGGAAGAUCUGAAUGCGGUGCACAGGCAGGCUGAACGCUUGUCUAAGGAUGGGGCUGCAAAAGCAGUGGAGCCAACUCUGAUACAGCUCAGCAAGCGCUGGCGAGAUUUUGAGAGCAAAUUUGCUCAAUUUCGAAGACUCAACUAUGCACAAAUUCAAACAGUUCCUGAAGAUACAACCUUUGUGGUGACCGAAACUAUGACUGUGGAAACCACUUACGUGCCUUCUACAUACCUGGCAGAGAUCCUUCACCUUCUGCAAGCCUUGUCUGAAGUAGAAGAGCGCCUUAAUUCUCCUGUUCUGCAGGCUAAGGAUUGUGAGGAUCUCUUCAAACAAGAAGAGUGUCUUAAGAGCAUUAAAGAUAGCCUGGGGAGACUGCUGGGUCAUGUAGACAUUAUUAACAACAAGAAGAUGCCAGCUUUGCAAAGUGCUACACCAAGGGAAGCAGCAAAUAUACAAGAAAAGCUGGCUCAGCUUAAUCUUCAAUGGGAGAAAGUUAACAAGAUAUACAGGGACCGACAGGCACGGUUUGACAAAUCUUUGGAAAAGUGGCAGCUUUUUCAUUGUGACAUGAAAGGCUUUAAUCAUUGGCUGUCUGAAACUGAAGAGAAGCUGUCGAGAGCACAGAUAGAGGCUGGAGAUGUGGGUCAUAUGAAAACCAGCCAAUUUCUCCAGGAGCUUCAGGAUGGCAUUGGGAGACAGCAAACUGUUGUCAAAACAUUGAAUGUAGCUGGUGAAGAGAUUAUUGAGCAGUCAUCCACAGCAGAUGCUAAGGUGCUGAAGGAACAACUGGAAAGUUUGAAUAGCCGGUGGCAGGAGAUCUGCAGACAGUUAGUAGAGAAAAAAAAGAGGCUAGAGGAAGAAAAGAAUAUUUUAUCAGAAUUUCAAGAGGACUUGGACAAGUUGAUUUUAUGGUUAGAGGAAGCAGACAGCAUUGUUGGUAUUCCCCUUGAACCAGGGAAUGAAGACCAGUUAAGAGACUGCCUUAGCAAAGUAAAGUUCAGAGUUGAAGAGCUGCCACCCCACAAGGGAAUACUGAAACGAUUAAAUGAAACUAGAGGAACAGCGCUUGGAAGUGCAUCACUGAACCCAGACAAAAAACAUAAGCUUGAGAGUACGCUGAAGGAAGCUAACCAUCGCUUGUUAAAGGUGUCCAAAGAUCUCCCAGAGAAACAAAAAGAAAUAGAGAUUCUGCUAAAGGAUUUCAUCGAACUUGAUCAACAACUAAAUCAGGUGAUAUUGUGGGUAACACCUGUCAAGAACCAGUUGGAGCUUUAUAACAAAGUGGGUCAACCAGGAGCUUUUGAUAUAAAGGAAACUGAAGCAGCAGUGCAGGCUAAACAGCCGAAUGUGGAAGAGGUUUUGUCUAAAGGGUGUCAUUUAUAUAAGGAAAAACCAGCCACUCAUCCAGUAAAGAAAAAAUUAGAAGACUUGAAUGCUGACUGGAAGGCAAUAAACCACUUAAUUCAACAACUAAAGGAAGAGCCAGCAUUAGCAGCAUUUGGCCUUUUCUCUUCAGGUGUCUUAACUUCUGGUGAAACUGUUGCUGUGGAUACGCAAACCAGAGUAACCAAGGAAACCACCACCUUCAAACCAGAAAUGCCAUCUUCUGUGCUUUUGGAGGUUCCAGCCUUGGCUGACUUCAAUAAGGCAUGGGCAGAACUCACUGACUGGCUUUCUCGACUGGAUCGAGAGAGGAAAUCUCAGAGAGUGAUAGUAGGUGAUCUGGAUAAUAUCAACGACAUGAUCAUCAAACAAAAGGCAAUACUACAGGAUCUGGAGCAAAGACGUCCCCAGCUGGAUGAACUGAUAACUGCAGCACAAAAUCUAAAAAACAAGACGAGCAAUCAGGAGGCCAGAACUAUAAUUACUGACCGCAUUGAAAAGAUACAGAGCCAGUGGGAUGAAGUGCAUGGACACCUCCAAAGCCGGAGACAACAGCUUCAUGAAAUGUUAAAGGAUUCAACACAGUGGCUAGAAGCUAAACAAGAAGCUGAGCAGGUUCUUGAACAAGCAAAAGCCAAGCUUGAGUCAUGGAAAGAAAUUUCCUACACCGUGGAAGCUCUGAAAAAGCAGAAUAUGGAGCUCAAGCAAUUUUCAAAAGAAGUACGACAAUGGCAAAUAAAUCUAGAUGUGGCAAAUGACAUGGCACUUAAGCUACUCCGUGAUUAUUCAGCAGAUGACACCAGAAAAGUAGAACUGAUGACAGAUAACAUUAAUGCAACGUGGGCUGCCAUUAAUAAGAGGGUUUGUGAGCGUGAAGCUGCACUGGAAUCAGCCCUAAGAAUGUUGCAGCAAUUCUACCUGGAUCUCGAAAAGUUCCUUGCUUGGCUUACAGAAGCUGAAACAACUGCAAAUGUCCUGCAGGAUGCUGCACACAAAGAAAAGGAUGCCAAAAUGGUUCGGGAGCUCAUGAAACAGUGGCAGGAACUACAGGCAGAAAUUGAUGCUCAUACUGACAUCUUUCACAACCUGGAUGAAAAUGGGCAGAAAAUCCUGAGGUCCCUGGAAGGCUCUGAGGAUGCAGCCCUGUUACAGAGACGCCUGGAUAACAUGAACCUCAGAUGGAGUGAUCUUAGGAAGAAAUCCCUAAACAUUAGAUCCCAUUUGGAAGCCAGUACAGAUCAGUGGAAGCGUUUACAUCUCUCUCUUCAGGAACUUUUGGCAUGGCUGCAAUUGAAGGAGGAUGAAUUAAAACAGCAAGCACCCACUGGUGGAGAUCUUCCCACUGUGCAGAAACAGAAUGAUAUUCAUAGGACUUUCAAGAGAGAGCUGAAAACAAAAGAACCUGUUAUCAGGAGUGCGCUUGAGACUGUGCGAAUCCUCUUAGCAGAGCAGCCUGUGGAGGGAGUAGAGAAGCUCUACCCAGAACCAAGAGAGCUGCCACCUGAGGAAAGGGCCCACAAUGUCACAAAACUUCUCCAAAGGCAAGCAGAUGAGGUCAGAACUGAGUGGGAUAAGCUGAAUCUACAGUCUGCUGAUUGGCAAAAGAAGAUAGAUGAUGCUCUUGAAAGACUGCAGGGCCUUCAAGAGGCAAUGGAUGAACUGGACCUAAAACUACGCCAGGCUGAAGUGUUCAAGGGAUCCUGGCAGCCGGUGGGGGAUCUGCUAAUUGACUCUCUGCAGGAUCACUUAGAAAAAGUCAAGGUUUAUCGAGCAGAAAUUGUACCCCUCAAAGAAAAGGUGCAUCAUGUCAAUGAGCUCGUUCACCGAUUCACUCCCUCUGAUAUUCAACUCUCUCAGUACAAUCUCAGCUGUGUGGAAGACCUGAACACAAGGUGGAAGGUGCUACAGGUGGCCAUUGAUGAGCGCAUCAGGCAACUGCACGAAGCUCACAGGGAUUUUGGCCCUACUUCCCAGCAUUUUCUUACCACUUCUGUCCAAGGCCCCUGGGAGAGGGCAAUCUCACCAAACAAAGUGCCGUAUUAUAUCAACCAUGAGACGCAAACGACUUGCUGGGAUCAUCCCAAGAUGACUGAGCUUUACCAGUCAUUAGCUGACCUGAACAACGUCAGGUUCUCGGCGUACAGGACUGCCAUGAAACUCCGCAGGCUGCAGAAAGCUCUCUGCUUGGAUCUCCUGAGUCUUUCUGCUGCAUGUGAUGCGUUGGACCAGCACAAUCUCAAACAAAAUGACCAGCCGAUGGAUAUUCUGCAGAUCAUUAACUGCUUGACCACCAUUUAUGAUCGACUGGAACAAGAGCACAAUAACCUGGUCAAUGUUCCUCUCUGUGUGGACAUGUGCCUCAACUGGCUGCUGAAUGUCUAUGACACGGGCCGAACAGGAAGGAUCCGUGUCUUAUCUUUCAAAACCGGUGUUGUAUCCCUUUGCAAAGCACACCUGGAAGAUAAAUAUAGAUACCUGUUCAAGCAAGUGGCAAGCUCCACUGGCUUCUGUGACCAGCGCCGGCUGGGGCUCCUGCUGCACGACUCCAUCCAGAUCCCUCGGCAGCUGGGGGAAGUGGCCUCCUUCGGGGGCAGCAAUAUCGAGCCGAGCGUCAGAAGCUGCUUCCAGUUUGCCAACAACAAACCAGAGAUCGAAGCAGCCUUGUUCCUGGACUGGAUGAGGCUGGAACCACAGUCCAUGGUGUGGCUGCCUGUCUUGCACAGGGUGGCUGCUGCUGAGACUGCCAAACACCAAGCAAAGUGUAACAUCUGCAAGGAGUGCCCAAUUAUUGGAUUCAGGUACAGAAGUUUAAAGCACUUUAACUAUGACAUCUGCCAAAGUUGCUUCUUCUCUGGCCGUGUGGCAAAAGGUCAUAAAAUGCACUAUCCCAUGGUGGAGUACUGCACACCAACAACUUCAGGAGAAGACGUCCGUGACUUUGCCAAGGUACUAAAAAACAAAUUUCGAACAAAAAGAUAUUUUGCAAAGCACCCACGAAUGGGCUACCUGCCUGUGCAAACUGUCUUGGAGGGAGACAACAUGGAAACUCCUGUUACUCUGAUCAACUUCUGGCCAGUAGAUUCUGCGCCUGCCUCGUCCCCUCAGCUUUCACAUGAUGAUACUCAUUCACGCAUUGAACAUUAUGCUAGCAGGCUAGCAGAAAUGGAGAAUACCAAUGGUUCUUAUCUAAAUGACAGUAUUUCACCUAAUGAGAGCAUAGAUGAUGAACACUUGUUAAUCCAGCACUACUGCCAAAGUCUGAACCAGGAGUCCCCACUGAGCCAGCCCCGAAGCCCUGCCCAGAUCCUGAUUUCUCUGGAGAGUGAGGAGAGAGGUGAAUUGGAGAGAAUCCUUGCGGACCUGGAGGAAGAAAACAGAAACUUGCAAGCAGAGUAUGACCGUCUGAAGCAACAGCAUGACCACAAAGGACUGUCUCCACUGCCGUCCCCACCGGAGAUGAUGCCAGCUUCUCCACAAAGCCCCCGCGAUGCUGAGCUCAUUGCCGAAGCCAAGCUGCUUCGCCAGCACAAGGGCCGCCUGGAGGCCAGGAUGCAAAUUCUGGAGGAUCACAACAAACAGCUGGAGUCACAGCUGCACAGGCUGAGGCAGCUGCUGGAGCAGCCACAGGCAGAUGCCAAGGUGAACGGUACAACACUGCCAUCUCCUUCUACCUCUUUGCAGAGGUCAGACAGCAGUCAGCCAAUGCUUCUUCGUGUAGUUGGCAGCCAGACUUCAGAAACCAUGGGCGAGGAUGAGCUGCUCAGCCCUCCCCAGGACACAAGCACAGGUUUGGAGGAAGUGAUGGAGCAGCUGAACAACUCCUUCCCCAGCUCCAGAGGAGGAAAUGCCCCUGGAAAGCCAGUGAGAGAGUGGAGACAGUGGCAGCUCAGUGAUCUGCAUUUUCCUACAACUUCUCAGAGGUGGAAACUCAGGCACCACUACAGGAAAACACUACAUCAAAAUUAAGCCUCUGUACAAUAAAUGUGGUCAGCAAAUAUGCUGCAGUCAUUGACUUGUGUUCUGUUGCUCUUGUAUGUAAGCACAACAGGGAGACCCACGUCUCUUGCUGUCCUGCUUACAUACUUAUCAAUUGUAUGUAUGUACAUGUGCCAAUAUACCUGCUAUCAUCUGCAGUUACUAAACAGUUUUUUUCUUUUUCUUUAGAAUGGUGAGAGUUGAGAGGUAUAAGAGAUUCAGGUGUUUUAAUUUCCUGGUAUACUAUUGCAGAAUGAAGAAUGCUACUAACAUUCACCAGCUCCACAGUGUUGUGUUCGGCAAUGCAAAUGGGCGAUCGUUUUCACUGUGCACUUUGGACACGGCUGGUUUGAUGCAAAAUAGAUUCUAGAAUUUAUACUUCACUGCUUGUUAAUGGAGGACAACAUUUUGCGCUGUGUUGUCAUAGCACCUUUGAAAGUAUUUCCAGAGAGCCUUGAUUUUUCCUCUGUGAAGCUGCUCUUCACUCGCCAACCAGAUACAAGGUUUGAAAGCUGAAUUCCUAGUGAAAAUUAUAUUAAAGAUGAAAUAUUCAGAGGCUGCCUGAGUGCAAUUGCAAGUAUCUGUGAAAUGACCUUUCCUGCACAGAUGAUGUUCAGUGUGGAUGAGGCAGAAAUUGAAGGGUAACUCGGUUUGCAAACUUCUGCUGGUGCAGAGAACGGGGGUCAUGCAAGCGCACUGCACUGGGGUUUUUAGCAGUGCUGCUGUAAACCCCCCGUCACUGACAAGCUGCCCUCGGUAAGCCAGGAUUUGUUCCAAUGUGGUGCCUGGAAAUACAGUGAUUCUCUGCAUUGGCUGUAGGAUCUGGCACAGGUCCAGACACUUCUAGGUGUAAGAUCCUCGGUGUGGUUAAGUCUGUCCUCAAAUGGCAGGUCCUCUCAUAUGGAUCCAAAAUAGGGUGCUUGGGAUGUCACUCAAAGGCUGCACCAGUCCAGAAAUUUAAUGGAAAUUAUUUCAUUUUCAGCCCUGCAUGUUCUCAGCUCAUACAGCCUGAGAAUUGUUCACCAGCUCAGCAAAGCAGGUGGUUGAUUUCUACUAUCCUCAUUCAGGUUUCUGCAUACUAUUCAGAAAAAGCUUCUGCUGCUGAGGGCAUAUUUGAUACAAUUAAUAAAUAAUACAUAGAUAGGAAAAUGUGCAUGUCUUGCCUGAUCAGAUUCCAGCAGUUUAAUCCUAAAAAAGCUGACUUCAGUGAAUCACUCACCACUCUCCAGUUCCACUUGUUAUCGCUGAUGGUUCCAGAAGGGGCUUGGUAACUUGCAGAGCUGAAUAUAAAACGCGCUUCUCCACCUGAUUAUGAAGUCUAUGAGCUAAGGUAUACAACACUUUUUGCUUUAUGUAUGAUUCCAUUUGCACAAAGACAGAUCAUGCUGUUUUAAACCCACCCUGCCAGGUUUUGAUCCCAUUAAUCACAUUAGGUAUUGUUUUCACGUGUAAUCCCAUGGAUUUUGUAGCGUUGCUUAAUAUGAAUAAGGGAAUCAAAAUCCAAGCUACCAACAGGAAGGAUUUUUCUUUUGACAGGGAAGAGUUAGAAAUCUGCUACAAAAAAAGGCACUGUAUUGUGUUGGGGUUUCUUAAUUUAUUUUCUGUCCACUCUUUCAGGUCUGAAUGCUUCAUGUUUAUUUCUCUGACAAGCUGUAGUAUAAGAUUGUUAAUUCAGUUACUGCGCCCUCACCUAAAGGCCUUAAUUCUAGUCGAGCCUCUAAAGCAAAUUCAGCAGAUGUGAAACAUCACUCCACAUGUGACUAGAAGUUAUGUAGUUAGUGUCUGCAGAAAUAGGUGUCUUCUGCUUUCAAAGCAAAUGUACUUGUGUUAAUACUCCCUCCAUUUUAUAAGUCUAAGUUAAUAAUGUCCAAGUCCACUUUGAGCUUUAUUGGUGCAUUUCAAAGUGUGUGCUGGUUUUUUUAUUAUACAGUAGCUUCUCUCAACCUUUCAGUGCCUCAAGCAUGGAGAAAACUUUUUCAGCUUUAAUGUUUAAAAAAAAAAAAACAAAACAGAAUUGAUGCCUUCUUUGGUGGCAUUACUUUAAAAAUAUGAGUAAUAAUGAGUGGACAGCUAUGAUUUAUAUUUUUCCAAGUGCUUUUAGGACAGUAUUUUUCUCAUUUUCUUGUUAAUCAAAAAUGUCAGUGUCUUGUGUUUCGGUCUUAGAGAGGGCAAGUAAGCAGUAUUCAACAGAGUAAGUAGAGCUAUAUAGAAACAGUGAGUAAAUCUGAGCCCUCAUUUAGGUAACAGGCACUAUAGAAGAGGGCGCAUUCAUUGCACAUACAGUACCAGGAAAUCAUGGCAUAUGUUGUUCUCAGCUCUUUGCAGUGUUGGUUACCUAGCUGUUAUUCCCAUGUGCAGGAGAGGCAAACAGCUGGUGGUGGGUGCACUGACGCCCAGCGAGGGUUCACUGGUUGAGUGGCUGAAGCACAGUUGCACUGCCCUCUCUUCUGACACAUCCUCCAUCCCACAACUGUCCUGAAGACUGCUGUCCCCAAGCUGUUGCACUUUACAGUCCAGCUUUUAACAUAAAUUGCAGUCAGCAGAUAUUUAUGGUCAUGCUCUGAGCUGUAAACUCAGAUGGCUCAGGAGGAGAUACACAAUUGUUCAGGUUUUCUGCAGAGGAAAUUAAGACCUGUGCUAGAAAGGUAGCAUGGAUGGUGUGGGGGAGAGGGAGUCAUAUCUCCUUAAUCACCCCAGCAUACCUCUGUGCGGUUUCCGUGGAGAGAGAUCGGAUUCAAACCAUGGUUACUGGUCUUGAAAGUGGUUUGUAGAGACAGGAUGCUUCAGGUCACUGCAGUUAUAUCAGUGUUAUUCCAAUAAAGCUAUGAUGGCACAUGCUACAAAUCUACCUGAGCCAUGUCAGAGUAUCAGGUAAGUAGAUCAAACCAGUGACAGUUACCAUUCUGUUUACAUAAGCAUCUCCCUUCAAAAAUAUGUUCUUGUUUUCAUAUGGCUUCAUUGAAUUUUCACUUUCUGUAGUGUAAUUUGCUGGAUUGAUCUCAGCCUGCAUGGUGUCAAUAAGAAAGAUUAUCCCUUACAUCUAAAAUAAAUGCGGUAGCAUACAUUUACUUUAAAGUAAACUGGUUUUUGGCCAAAACUUGGCAGGCACUGUUAGUUGAUGUGCUGAUGAGCAAAUUAGAAGUUUUUGCUUAGGAUUAAUAGGAUGGCUAUACCUUAAUGAUUUAUGGAUGAAACUGCAGUUUGAUGUAUCUGUUUUACAGUGCAUUAGUGCAAUUAGCAAACUGUCACAAGAUUAGAACAAGUAUUCCUUUGUAUCAAUAUCUGGCAAUUUGUGUCAUGCACAGCACAGAUCCCUGUAGAGUGGGCAGCUUGUUGAGUAGUAUUUGAGUGUAAAGGGUGAUAGUAGUUCUCCAGAAAACUACUCUGGAUAUUCCUCAGGUCAUUUUUUUCUAUUCCAUAAAUGCUGAUGAAUAUUAACUAAUGUUAUUCCAAGGUCCUGUGUUCUGUACAAAUGUCAGCAGUGCAUGACUACCAUAAUAUAUGAACAUUUGGAAGGAGAUUGUGAGUUUGAUUUGCUCCACAGGGAAGGUUCACUCCUGGUGUUAGAGAAGACAGUUGUGUCAGGAGGACACUCACUGUGUAGGUGGGCACUAGUAACAGUCAGGCUUCAAUACAUUACAGGCAGGGACUGCAUGAAAGGUGUAUGUGCAUACCCUGCUCAUGUCCUUUAUUCAUUUGGGUGCUCUUUCCUGAAGGACUAUAGCAAGGAGUUGUCAUCCAGGCUAAUGCAAAGCAUUCCUCGGAAGCAGAGUUGUGGGCAGAUUGCACUGUACUCCCCAUGUUUUUUCCAAACGGAUACUUUCAGGGAGUAAAUCAAACCCCUGAGGCCAUAGCAACAUACAGUUUUAUUGUGUCAUGCUUUCCCUGUUACAUACUUUCAGUUGCUGGCAAUCUGCAGCUUGGGGACUUCUUGAGUUAGCGGUCACAUGCACUUCUUUGCAUCUAAAUAAAUCUUUCUUCAGUGAUUAUUUUCUAACUUGGUUUUUAACUGAUUUAUGUGUUUGGCCUCAACAUUAGGCUGUGGCAAUGAGUUCAGUAAUGCAAUUAUGUGCUGUGUGGAGUAUAAUUUCCUUCUGCUUGUUUAAUGACCUUCUGUCUGCUCGUUCCUCCUUGUCCUUGCAAGAAAUCUUGAACACUUGGUUCUUGGUUUGGAUGCUUAUCUUGUAGGGUGCCUAGGUCUGUCAUAUAUUUUUUCAGUAGGGAGACUCCAGAUGGGGUUCAGCUGUGUAGACCAUGAUGUCUCUGUGUUUGAGAUGCUGCAGGGUAUUUGAGACACAGAGGGCUGCAAAUCUUGACACAGGACUUGCAAGAGACCCACACUCUUCUGAACAGCAACGGGAGACAGGCAGGGUUUGCCAAGGGCCUAAAAUGGCAACUUUUGGCAAUUUAAUCUAUCUUCAAAUCUGUUCAGUCUUUCAUUGUGAUGAAGGCAUUUCUUACUGCUGAUCAGCACUGCUACCUUUCAUUUCCCUUUGCAGCAGACGUAAAGUGAGUGUAAGAGGUUGUUACAGGUUUCAGCUCCAGAACUGUGCUCUGCGUUUAUCACUUAUAUGUGAGAGGACCAUGGGUUGUUGUGAUAGGACCUUAAGCUUUACAGGUGAGGAGAAAUGUCCAAGUGAACCACUGUAUAGUACAUACUUGAUAACUGGCAUCUUUGUGCUGAACUGCUGUUUGAAAAGGAAAGGAUAUUUUAAAAACGACUGAAUGAACUGCAGCCCUCAACAUUUUAGUGAUCUGUACAGUUAUCCUGCUGGGACCUCUUGGGUUUAAUGAUUUAGUUAAUUACUGCUGAUCUGUUUGUUUCUGUUUUUCUCCUUGAUAGACAUUGAAUGGUCAAACACUUGCAGCACCAGUCAGAAACUUUUCUGUGAUGUUGAUGGAUUUAAUCCUUCCUUUUGGUGAACAUUCAUAACGAUGAAGCUUCAUCACUACAGGGUGGGGUUUCUUGAAACACAAACACGCUGGCUUAUCAUCAGCAUAGUUUACCGUAGCCAUUCAAUCCAGUAUUGCUGUUAAGUGUUCUGCAAAACCGGCAACUUUUGCUAACAACAAAAUAUUGGACUCAUGCAGGAGACAUUUGAAAGAGUGUUCUCCAGUGUAUUCCACUGGGAAUGGCAGCAAGCAGUACUUGGAAAGUGAUGGAUCUGGUGCUCAGCCUCCCUUGUAAAACGUUCAUUCCUACCAACAUACUGCUGUGUCAUCUUCCUUUAAUUUCCUCUUCUUUGACUUUCUUUUUCAGGCCACAAUGUAGGGAGCCUUUUCCACAUGGCAGACGACUUGGGAAGAGCAAUGGAAACCUUAGUGACAGUGAUGACUGACGACAAGGUGUUAGAAUAGCAAGAUGUGUUUUACAACUUCAGGCAUCCCGCAUGGUUUUUAUAAUAUUCAUACUACAAAGAGGAUUAGACUGUAAGAGUUUACAAGAAAACAAAUCUAUAUUUUUGUGAAGGGUAGUGGUACUAUACUGUAGAUUUCAGUAGUUUCCUAAGUCUGUUACUGUUUUGUUAACAAUGGCAAGUUUUACACGUCUAUGCAAUUGUACAAAAAAUUAUAAGAAAACUACAUGUAAAAUCUUGAUAGCUAAAUAACUUGCCAUUUCUUUAUAUGGAACGCAUUUCGGGUUGUUUAAAAAAAAUUUAUAACAGUUAUAAUGAAAGAUUGUAAACUAAAGUGUGCUUUAUAAAAAUAAUUGUUUAUAGAAACCCCCUUUAAAAAAACACACAAAAAAAAAUUUACUGAGGCAGUGCAUUUGCUUAGUUUCAUUUCAGCUCUGUAACUGUAUCAGAGAGAUUCAUGUCCUAUGUUCUUUUCCUUGCCUAACAAAAAGAAAGGAAAAACAGUAUUUCCUGCAGCAACACCAAAAUGGCCAACUUACAUUUACUUGUAUUUGUCAUUGGUUUUGUCUGACUAGGGCUGGCUUAAAAAAAAAAAAGAAUCUCCUGAACUUCCAGUGAAGGUAGUUAUGUCACCUUUUUCCAAUAAAAUUAAGGAUUACAUGAAUUACACAGUUAGUUUGCAAUAAUUAAAUGAAAGAGCACAUUACAUGACAGAGCCUGCAGAAAAAAAAAACCAACCACCUAAAAAAAAAAACCUGAGAGAAUUCAAUAACCAUCCUAUGUGCCAGCAUUUUCUCUGCUGACUAAAUUCCUGAAUGCUAUUAGUAAAGGAAAGUAGAAAUUGCCUUACCAGAUUAAACCUUUGGACCUUGGUGUCUGGCACCCUGCUGGCUGCCAGUGCUUCAGCAGGAGCUGGGCCCUGCUCUCCCCUCACAGCUGGCAUCACCUUUGCUGCAGAGAAGAAAGGGAGAGAGAUGUUCCUCCUGACCUCCUGUGGGAUUAGCUUCUGACCCGAAGCACAAGUAGGUUAUUCACAGAGCAUCUUUGCUUGUCCAGCUCCUGAUGCUGUUAAUGAGCAUGAAGCUCCUCAAUCUUCUGCAAAAUGAAAUCAGAGCUUUCCACAAUGUGUGUCUCAACCUGCUACAGCAGCCAGUCCCAAGGAGCUGUAAUGCUGCAAGCAUCCUUUGGGAAAGGCUGUAGAAGAGUUACUGCUGUUUUUGCGCGCGCAUGGUGAUCAGGUGAAGGUAGCCACACUGCUCCAUGAGAUAUUUAUCACCAACACAAAGGCCCUGGUCCUUUCUCCUUCCCCAUUUCUCUCUACAAGUAAUCCCGCACAGCUAACAGUAACGUGAGAAAGAGAGGAACUGAUAGCAAACUGAUUAGCCAGCUUGACUGCAGCUCGUGAGAGGUAGGUUCAGGUAUGAGGUGCUGUCAGCAAAAGCUUUACCACUUCAUUCUCUUAACCAGCUUUUAAUUUUACCUUAGAAUAUGUAGAAACACACCAUCUGACUCUAUAUUGCAAGAGUAAAAAAAAAAUCUGUUACCUCUUCUUGUAUGAAGUGUAAUUAAACUUGGGAAAGAUUUUAUUUUGAAUGCUAGUUAACAUUGAACAUGGCUAGUCAUGCUAUUUCUACCUCACUUUGGUUUUGUGGUGUUCCUGACAAUUACGUACAGAUAAUGUUACAUCAUCACCACGUGUCCAUUGUGUGACCAGGUCUAAUCGUUUAAAUAAUACCAACAAUGAUAACCAUUUACAAAGCAUAAGUACAAUCUCCCCCAAAACCUCCACUUUCCUAAUAAAGAGCUUUUUAAACACUUUAUUACAAUAGGAACCCUCGGUAUUUCUCAUGGUCUUUUUUUAUCAGAAGGUUUAAAUUGAAAUGUGAGAAAGAGAUGGGUUUCUUCUUUUUUUUCCACCCUUAUAUGUUAAACCUUCUCUUAAGAAGAAAAUGGAGGGAAAAUGGAUUGCACGGUUGUUUUCAUCAGGGUUUUGUUUUGUUUGUUUUACUUUCUAGAUCUUAGUUUUGGAGUGAGUCUGUCAAAAAAUAUUUAAGAAGUUGAAAGCUUUAUCGCUGCUUUUUUAAGCAUAACUUGGGAAUUAUUUCAUGUUCCUUAUAAUGACAAAGUAUUAAACUGUAAAACAUAAUCAGUGUAGUUGAAUACAUAAAUACCAUAUGGCAUGUUAUUUCAUUGUUACUCAGUACUGGUUUAUUACUUGGAUAUCAUAAUAUAUUGUGUUUUAACACCAACACUGUAACAUUUACUAAUUAUUUUUAUAAACUUCUGUUUUACUGCAUUUUUUCACAACAUACCAAAUUUCACCAAAUAUAUGCCUUACUAUUGUAUUAUAUACUGCUUUACUGUGUAUAUCAAUAAAGCACGCAAUUAUGGUAUA